AUAGAUGGGAUGCGUCCUAUAGAUUAACCAGAAGAAGAGCCUCCGCCUCGGAGCAUGCGCACAAACUGCAUCCGGGAACGCGGCGCUGCUGGCGUUUCAAACACACAGCAGGAGGUAAACACGGAGCCCUGCGGAGGAUUUUAUAUUUGUGUGUUUAGUUAAACGAUAUUACAUACCCGUUUGUAAGGCGUGGACGAGACUAAAAGCCGCUACUAAACAGAAUCCCGUGUGCUGCCAUGGACAGUGUGAAGAUGGAAUCUGUCCAGAUUAAAGAGGAGUUUCCUGAACUUGAACUUGUCCCCAUUAGAGUGGAGUUCUCUGGGCUGGCUUCCCUCCCCAUUAAACAGGAGCUCUGUGAGAUGCAAUGUGACAGCAGUCAGCCAGAGGUCUCUGACAUUAAAGCUGAGCACAAUGAAUUGGAGAUCCCCCAGACAGAAGAACCCCUUCCUGUUAAACAAGAAGAGGUGCUGGAAACUGUCCGUAUUAAAUGGGAGCCCCCUGAAGUAGAGUUUGACCACAUGGAACCAGUGAAGGAAGAAUCUGAGGACUUCAAACCAAACAUCCCUAACGUGGAGCCUGUACGCCUGCAGGAGUGUAGCGUGGUGCUGGAGAGAAUCUGCGUGAGAGAGCAAGGCGCUGGAGAGGAAGGCUCUCCCAACAGCAUGCAAGGAGGUGGAAAGGAAGACGGGCGCUCCCAUUCAGAAUGCAGUCUAGCAGGUUCCAGUCCAGCAGCUAAAGCGAGGGCGGGCGGUGGAGAAUAUCCUGACUGUGGGAAAGGUUUCACCCAGUUAGAGCAUUUUAAAAUACACCAGCGAACUGACACAGGAGAGAAACCGUAUUCCUGCUCUGACUGUGGGAAGAGUUUCAGUCUGUUAGGCAACCUUAAAACACACCAGCGAAUUCACACAGGAGAGAAACCGUAUCGCUGCUCUGACUGUGGGAAGAGUUUCAGUCAGUCAGGAGACAUGAAAAAACACCAGCGAAUUCACACAGGAGAGAAACCGUAUCGCUGCUCUGACUGUGGGAAGAGUUUCAGUUAUUCAGGAAACCUGAGAAUACACCAGCGAAUUCACACAGGAGAGAAACAGUACCACUGCUUUGACUGUGGGAAGAGUUUCACCCAGUUAGAGCAUUUUAAAACACACCAGCGAAUUCACACAGGAGAGAAACCGUAUCGCUGCUCUGACUGUGGGAAGAGUUUCAGUAGGUCACAAAACAUGAAAAAACACCAGCGAAUUCACACAGGAGAGAAACCGUAUUCCUGCUCUGACUGUGGGAAGAGUUUCAGUCGGUCAGACAGCCUUGUUUCACACCAGCGAACUCACACAGGAGAGAAACCGUAUCGCUGCUCUGACUGUGGGAAGAGUUUCAUUAGGUCAAGAGACAUGAAAACACACCAGCAAAUUCACACAGGAGAAAAACCGUAUUGCUGCUCUGACUGUGGGAAGAGUUUCAGUCAGUCAUACAACCUUGUUUCACACCAGCGAAUUCACACAGGAGAGAAACCGUAUCACUGCUCUGACUGUGGGAAGUGUUUCAUUAGGUCAAAAGACAUGAAAACACACCAGCAAAUUCACACAGGAGAAAAACCGUAUUCCUGCUCUGACUGUGGGAAGAGUUUCAGUCGGUCAGACAGCCUUGUUUCACACCAGCGAAUUCACACAGGAGAGAAACCGUAUUCCUGCACUCACUGUAUGAUGUGUUUCCGUAGGUCAGGAGACAUGAAAAAACACCAGCGAAUUCACACAGGAGAGAAACCGUAUUCCUGCUCUGACUGUGGGAAGAGUUUCAGUCAGUCCGGACACCUUGUUUCACACCAGCGAAUUCACACAGGAGAGAAACCGUAUCGCUGCUCUGACUGUGGGAAGAGUUUCAGUUACUCAGGAGACAUGAAAAAACACCAGCGAAUUCACACAGGAGAGAAACCAUAUUCCUGCUCUGACUUUGGGAAGAGUUUCAGUCAUUCAAACAACCUUGUUUCGCACCAGCGAAUUCACACAGGAGAGAAACCGUAUCACUGCUCUGACUGUGGGAAGUGCUUCCGUCUUAAACAAGGCUUUCAAAAUCACCAGAGAAUUCACAGAAGAGCGAAACCUUAAAGACUAUGUUAAUUGGGACUGUUCUAUCAUGAAGAAAAAAAUGUUAACCUUGCAUCAUGAAUUUGAAACAAAAACACUUUGGAAAUGUGAAAAAUCGCCAAGUUAUCAAAAGUGCCCAGCCAUUUAAAGUAGAGAUAUCAAAAACACAAGCCAAGUUUCAUGAAACCUUUGGGGCAACCUUGCUCAGCACCAAGGAAAUGGGCACAACUAUCAAAGAGGUGGGGGCCAAGGUUGCCCCAAUUUUACAACUAACACAUUUCUCAGUUUUAAUUCAGAAAUCAAUUGUUUCUACUAACUGGGCUUGUGUUUUUCAUGCAUUUGAUCUGCUUUUACUGUGUCUGAAAAACACAAGCCAAGUUAGUAGAAACAACUGAUUUCUGAAUUAAAAAUGAGAAAUGUGUUAAUUGUGAAAUUAAUUGAUUAAUUAUACAACACAAUAGUAAGCAACGCUAAAACAACACCUAUGUCUAACUUGUAUUUAAAUUAGCAAAAUGUACUUUUUAAAGGUUGUUGUAUCAAAUUGAGUUCUGUCGCUUUGCCUUUCUGAGUCGUUGUCAGUGCUGGAGCCUUCAUCAUGUGACGCAGCACCCAGGCAGACUCUGCAUUCAGAGGAUAUAGAGGACUGCUGGGAAAGAGCCUUUUAGGUAGUGAAAAAAACAUGAAAAUAAAAAGUCACAACUAAUCAUGCAUUUUUUUAAAUGAUCUAAUGUUCAAUAAAUUUUAUUUUUUAGAUGUGUUUAUUAUUUUUAUUUGUCAUGAUUUGUGUGUUUUAAUGCUGCACAGAAUUCCUGUUGAUUUCUAUAAUGCUGGUUAAUCUUCCCCUCUAGUUCCAGCUAGCACACAGCUCCUGGGUAUUGCAACACUUCAGCAUGUUUAGAGCUUGAAUACAGUACAGGGAGCUCCUCUUUAACUCUCUGAGUCCCCAGCCAAAUCAACCACAUGCAGAGCGCAGGCUGCUCUUAAUAU